UCUGUUACCUUCAAAACUACCAGCAGAAAUCUUGCCCGAGCCAUGUGUAUGAAGAACAUCAAGCUCACUAUCAUUAUCAUCAUCGUAUCUAUUGUGUUCAUCUAUAUCAUUGUAUCAUCUCUCUGUGGUGGAUUUACAUGGCCAAGGUGUGUGAAGAAAUAGAGAAGUUAUCAUUAACCAAGGAUAUCAGAAAAAGGAGUUAAAAGCAAUCUAUGUGACUCAGGCUUUUCACUACUUACAGAAAGUGUCUGCCAGUCACUUCAACCCUCUCUUUACUUUUUCUUUUUUAAAUCUUGUUCUAUGCCUUCAGAUUUAUCUUUGUCCUGUCAAACAAUUUAUUCACAUUGAACCAUUCAUUAUAAUGGUAGCUUUGAAAAGGCUUUUGUUUGUUUCUUUGGUUUGUUAACUAGUAUCAUCUACUUUGAAAAACAUUUUUGGUUUUAAUUGCACAAAAGUAAUCCAGGUGGAAAGUAUCAGUCUUAUGACCUGUCUAUUAAAACUACAUAGGAACUUUGUAUGUGCACACAAACAUAUUCAGGAGGAAGAUAGUAUUACUAACAUCUCAUCUUAAUGUUUUUUGUUAUGGAAGAGUUUUAGGUGCUUCAAAACAAUAUAAAUGGUGAAUAGUUGUUAUUUAGGGAAUUGUAAUUAAUUCGUUGGUGCUGCUUAUUUACAGGAGCCCAGACACAUAAAGUAUUAAACAUUUUAAUUUUAAUCAGAUAUGGAGCAUUUUGCUAGCCUAUUAGAAGCACACAGAAUUAUCCUUGUCCUCCUAGCAUUUACUUUUGGGAAUAAAAUUCACUGUACUAUUCACUGGAUAGUUUGGUAUCUUCUGUUUCCCCAUUGUAUUUUAUUUAAGACGAUUAUUGAAAUAUUGCUGAAGGUUGUGGGGUUUUGCACAUUCCUUUUUCUUCUGUAGAUAUUUGGGGCAAAUGUAUUAUUAAUAGAUGGGGAAUAAAGGAGUGGAGGUAAAUAACUGACUCACCAAAGAAAAAUAAGGGAACCACAGUGAAUGUGCUGUCAUUUUAGCUGUAUAAAGGGAGGUAGUAAUGGGAACAUUUUCCAUUCUGGGAAAAGCCCAGAGUGAAUACAUUUAAAAUUCAGCUACAGAGUUUGGAUUUGAUUCCUGUUGAAUAAUAGCUUGAGUAUCCUUUGUGACUUAAUAAAUUCUGUAAUUUGCAUAGUUUUGAAGAAUUCUUUUUUUGAAACCUGAAAGAGAAUACACAGUAUGAUGUAUAAAAACAAUACAAAAUAGGGUAAUACACAUUUACUGCAGUGUAAGAAAAUUGUACUGUAAUAAUAGUGUUUCAGCUACUUUAUCAUCUGUUAGCUAAUAAUAUGUUUCUAAAAGAAGCACAUCUGUUGCCCUAGAUCUCUAAUUGCAUUUAUUUAUCAGUAAGUGCCAUUAAAUGGAAAAUAUAUUGCAUUUUACUCUUUUCCCAGUGAAAGAACAAGUUCAGUAUUUAGAAC